CCCAGUCCGACCGUGUAACGGUGUACUAGUGACUCCGUACAUCGCCGCAAAAUCGGUAUUUCGUGAAUGCUUAGCCGCUAGGCUGGUGCGGGAUCACUUAAGUACCAGCCGGUGUUCUUUCCCCGCAAGUCUGCAGUGUUGCAUGGUGUGGCUCUCGAAGAAUGUAUAAAUGUAACUUAUGAGGGCCUAGCUUGGGUUCUUCCAUAUUCACCACCCUCAACAUGAAGUUCAUCUCGUUUAGCAUCUUUUCGGUUUUGAUCGCCUCUGCAUUCGCUCAACGAGCCGAAAUUGGUCUUCCCCACGACGGUGCCCAAGUCACCUCUGGGUCUCAAGUCACAGUUCGUGUCGAUCGUCCUAAUUUCCUAUCCAGCACGCAAGAAGUGGUCAUCGUUCUGGGUUUCCAGUCUUGUCCCAACACCCCGUGCCACGCUGCGUCUGACGGUAUAGGCGAAGUCCUAUACAACGGGCCAUAUAACCCCACAUUCGAGGUCCCUUCGAGCUCUCUUCCACCAUAUCAAAAUUUUACUGUGACGAUUCCUGCUUCUACUCCUAAAGGGGCAGCACAGUUGAGUUUGUCCCAUUUUAGUCUGGUUGGGGCCAGCCGUCAACCAACUCUCGAAAUCAAGAGUGUCAACGUCGCGGUAGUGUAGUACAAGGUCUCUGUACCCCUAUUCUAAGCGUAAAUCACCGUGAC